UCCAUGGCAUCAAGUGGACCUGCAGCAAUGGAAACAGCAGCUCGGGCUUCUCAGUGGAGCAGCUGGUGCAGCAGAUCCUCGACAGCCACCAGACCAAGCCCCAGCCUCGGACCCACAACUGCCUCUGCACAGGCAGCUUGGGAGCGGGCAGUAGCGUGCACCACAAGUGUAACAGUGCCAAACACCGCAUCAUCUCACCCAAGGUGGAGCCGCGGACGGGGGGCUAUGGGAGCCACUCAGAGGUGCAGCAUAACGACGUCUCAGAGGGCAAGCACGAGCCCAGCCAUGGCAAGAGCACGAGUCGUGAGAAGAGGAAUGGCAAGGUAGCUAAGCCCGCACUGCUGCACCAGAACAGCACCGAGGUCUCCUCCACCAACCAGGUGGAGGUCCCUGACACCACCCAGAGCUCCCCCGUGUCCAUCAGCAGCGGGCUCAACAGCGACCCAGACAUGGUGGACAGCCCCGUGGUCACUGGCGUGUCCAGCAUGGCAGUGGCCUCCGUGAUGGGGGGCUUGUCCCAAAGUGCCACGGUAUUCAUGUCGGAGGUCACAAAUGAGGCUGUGUACACCAUGUCCCCCACCGCCGGCCCCAACCACCACCUCCUCUCACCCGAUGCGUCUCAGGGCCUUGUUCUGGCUGUGAGCUCCGAUGGCCACAAGUUCGCCUUCCCCACCACGGGCAGCUCAGAGAGCCUGUCCAUGCUGCCCACCAACGUGUCCGAAGAGCUAGUCCUCUCCACCACCCUUGAUGGUGGCCGGAAGAUUCCAGAGACUACCAUGAACUUUGACCCCGACUGUUUCCUCAAUAACCCAAAGCAGGGUCAGACAUAUGGAGGUGGGGGCCUGAAAGCCGAGAUGGUCAGCACCAACAUCCGGCACUCGCCGCCCACGGAGAGGAGCUUCGGUCUUACCAGCGUCCUCACCAAGGAGAUAAAGACAGAGGACAUGUCCUUUGAGCAGCAGCUGGCCAAAGAGGCGUUCUCCUCCUCCACGGCCGCCGCGUCCAGCCCCCUCACCCUGACCGCGGGCUCCAGCCUCCUGCCAUCAGGCGGGGGCCUGAGUCCCAGCACCACCCUUGAGCAGAUGGACUUCAGUGCCAUAGACUCCAACAAGGACUACACGUCCGGCUUUAGCCAGACGGGCCACAGCCCCCACAUCCACCAGACCCCCUCCCCGAGCUUCUUCCUACAGGAUGCCAGCAAGCCCCUCCCCCUCGAGCAGAACUCCCACAGCAGCCUGAGUGACUCUGGGGGCACCUUCGUGAUGCCCACGGUGAAAACAGAGGCCUCGUCCCAGACCAGCUCCUGCAGUGGUCAUGUGGAGACUCGGAUAGAGUCCACCUCCUCUCUGCACCUCAUGCAGUUCCAGGCCAACUUCCAGGCCAUGACAGCAGAAGGGGAGGUCACCAUGGAGACCUCACAGGCUGCUGAAGGGAGCGAGGUCCUCCUCAAGUCUGGGGAGCUGCAAGCCUGUGGCUCAGAGCACUACCUGCAGCCCGAGAGCAACGGGGUCAUCCGCAGUGCCGGCGGUGUCCCCAUCCUCCCGAGCAGUGUGGUACAGGGACUCUACCCGGUGGCCCAGCCCAGCCUGGGCAACACCUCCAACAUGGAGCUCAGCCUGGACCACUUUGACAUCUCCUUUAGCAACCAGUUCUCCGACCUGAUUAAUGACUUCAUCUCCGUGGAAGGGGGCAGUGGCACCAUCUAUGGGCACCAGCUGGUGUCAGGGGACAGCACGGCACUCUCGCAGUCGGAGGAUGGGGCACGUGCCCCUUUCACCCAGGCAGAGAUGUGCAUCCCAUGCUGCAGCCCCCAGCAGGGCAGCCUGCAGCUGAGCAGCGCUGAGGGCGGGGCCAGCACUAUGGCCUAUAUGCAUGUCGCCGAGGUGGUCUCUGCCGCCUCCGCCCAGGGCACCCUGGGAAUGCUGCAGCAGAGCGGACGCGUGUUCAUGGUGACCGACUACUCCCCAGAGUGGUCUUACCCAGAGGGAGGAGUGAAAGUCCUCAUCACAGGCCCGUGGCAAGAAGCCAGCAAUAACUACAGCUGCCUGUUUGAUCAGAUCUCAGUACCUGCGUCCUUGAUUCAGCCUGGGGUUCUGCGUUGCUACUGCCCAGCCCAUGACACAGGUCUUGUGACCCUACAAGUUGCCUUCAACAACCAGAUCAUCUCCAACUCAGUGGUGUUUGAGUACAAAGCUCGGGCUCUGCCCACGCUGCCUUCCUCCCAGCACGACUGGCUGUCAUUGGACGGUAAGAUCAGUGUUCCGGUCACCUUGCAGGGCAUGGAGGAACAGGGACAUUGGUUCGGUGGGGGAGGGGAACAGCGCCGCAACCGCAGCGCCAGGGGCAUAAUCUGUCCCAGUGCAAGAGACAGCUGGGACCGCAAGCAGAAGGGCGGGGGUCCCCGGACCUCUGACCAACCCCUCGGCCCGCCAGUAAACUUUGUGUCGGGGUCAAGGCUGCAGCAGCCGGGCGGUGCGCUUGCCAGCCCGCGCAGUGGCGGGUGCUGCGGCGACUGGAGGACCGAGGUGGAAAGGGGUGGGGCGAGGGGACUGCAGCGCCGGGCGGUGCGCGUGCACACAGGCGCGCACGCGCAUUCGCCCAGCGCGCAGCCGCAGUGCGGGGCCUUUAGCGACAAAGCUGGAGGCGCGGGUCCUUCGGGGAUGCGGGCGGCGCGCGGCGCCUCCCCAGUUCGGAGAGGGACCCCUCCGCCCAGCGGAGGAGUGAUUGUCACCGUGGAGGGGCCGCGGCACAAGGAUCCCCCCCAAGUCCCCAAAAUCUCAGCUGGGCGCAAGCGAUGGGGGCGGGGGGCAGAGAUCGGGCAUGGAGGGCGCUUUGGGGACAUGGAGACCUGCUGGCAUGGGGCUGUCCA